AUGGGCAAGAGCCUUGGUGACUUUCACUUAACUGACAUAUUCCUUCAAACUUUUACUCAUGAAUGGGAAACAAUGGAGAUUGAAGCUGAGAGAAAUAUUAUUGUCUCCAAGGAAGAUCUUUCUACUAUUGACCAGCUCAAUCAAGAACAAAAAAUUGCAUAUCAUAAGAUAUUAAGCUCUGUCUAUGAUACUACCUCGACAGCUUUCUUUGUUGAUGGUCCUGGUGGAACUGGCAAGACUUUUUUAUAUAGAGCUUUGCUAGCUAAGAUACGCUCUCAAAAACACAUUGCUUUGGCAACGGUAACUUCAGGAGUAACUACGUCUAUAUUGCCUGGAGGAAAGACUGCUCAUUCACACUUCAAAAUUCCUCUUAAUGAUGAUGAAGGAAAAACCUGCAACAUUAGUAAGCAAAGUAGCAUUGCACAGCUUAUCAAGGAUGCUAAAUUGAUCAUUUGGGACGAAGCAACGAUGGCUGAAAGAAAGGCAAUAGAAAGGUUUGAUCAAUUGCUACAAGAUAUAAUGAGUAACAAAGAAGUAUUUGGUGGCAAAACAGUCAUUUUUGGAGGCGACUUCCGUCAAACACUAUCUGUUAUCGUCAAAGGGAAAAAAAAUGAUAUGAUUGAUGUUAGCUUAGUAAAAUCUCAUAUUUGGAAUCAUUUAGAAAAAAUCCAUCUGACAGAGAAUAUGCGUGCACGCCUUGAUCCUGAUUUUAGCUCAUAUCUGUUGAGAGUGGGAAAUGGUACCGAAAUUACAACAAAUCAAGAUGAGAUUAAGAUUCCACCUGGAAUAAAUGUUCCUUUUAUUGAUGAUGCUUCAUCUAUCACUACUUUAACAGAUAUGGUAUUUGAAGAUCUUUACAAUAUGGCUGCAGAUAAUACUCUUCCAAUCAAUAAGGCUAUUCUAAUGACCCGAAAUGAUUUUGUUCAUGAAAUCAAUGAUAUCUUAAUUGACAAAUUUCCAGGGGAUGAAAAGUGUUAUCUUAGUUUCGACCAACCUUUGGAAUCAUCAGGGCAGAUUCAAAAUGAAGAUUUCCUACAUACAUUAAUGCCGAAAGGUCUCCCGCCUCAUCAGUUGAAACUGAAAAAGAAUUGUCUCGUCAUGCUUCUCAGAAAUAUAAAUCCUACAGAGGGCCUUUCAAAUGGAACUCGCUUAAUUUGCAGGGAGUUUGGUAACAAUGUUCAAGCAGAGAUAACAUUUGGUUCUUUUGCUAAAAAAAUUGUUUUUAUCCCUCUAAUCCCUUUAGAAUCUCCUACAGAUGAUUUUUCUUCAAUUCCAUUUAAAAGAACACAGUUUCCUUUAAGAUUGUAUUUUGCUAUGACUAUAAACAAAGCACAAGGACAAACAUUAGAUUAUGUUGGUCUCUAUUUAAAAGAACAUGUUUUUUCACAUGGACAGCUUUAUGUGGCUUUAUCUAGAGCAAAAACAGCAACAAAUGUCAAAGUCUUGAUUUGA